AUGAGACCCAACCUGGCAGUCCCGACCCCCUAUGGCUGUAUUGGUUGUAAGCUGUCACAGCCGGACUACCCGCCGGGCCUAGUCACCUUCAUGUUCUUCGUGAUGGUCUUCACCGUCAUCGUAGACCUGAUCGGCAACACCAUGGUCAUUUUGGCUGUUACAAGGAACAAGAAACUCCGAAAUUCUGCCAACAUCUUUGUGGUCAGCCUCUCCGCGGCCGAUGUGCUCAUGGCCAUCUACCCCUACCCCAUGAUGCUGCACGCAAUGUCCGUUGGGGGCUGGGAUCUCAGCCAGCUGCAGUGCCAGAUGGUUGGCUUCAUCACAGGGCUGAGCGUGGUGGGUUCCGUCUUCAACAUCCUGGCCAUCGCCAUCAACCGCUACUGCUACAUCUGCCACAGCCUCAAGUAUGAGCGGAUCUUCAGUGUGCGUAACACCUGCAUCUACCUGGUCGUCACCUGGGUCAUGGCUAUCCUGGCUGUCCUGCCCAACAUGUACAUAGGCACCAUCGAGUACGACCCCCGCACCUACACCUGCAUCUUCAACUACCUCAACAACUCUGGCUUCACUGUGACCAUCGUUGGCAUCCACUUCUUCCUUCCUCUCCUCAUAGUCGGUUUCUGCUACAUGAGGAUCUGGAGAAAAGUGCUGGCAGCCCGUGACCCAGCUGGGCAGAAUCCUGACAACCAACGUGCUGAGGUUCGAAAUUUUCUAACCAUGUUUGUGAUCUUUCUCCUCUUUGCAGUGUGCUGGGGCCCGAUCAACAUGCUCACCGUGUUGGUGGCUGUUGGUCCGAAGGAGAUGGCAAGCAAGAUCCCCAACUGGCUGUAUCUUGCAGCGUACUCCAUAGCCUUCUUCAACAGCUGCCUCAAUGCUGUGGUCUAUGGGCUCCUCAAUGAGAAUUUCCGAAGAGAAUACUGGACUGUCUUCCAUGCCAUCCGGCACCCUAUCCUGUUCAUCUCUGACCUCAUCACUGCUGUUCGUGAGAUGCGGGAGGCCCGGGCCCGGGCCCGUGACCAUACCCACACCCCCGACCAUGCCCGUGAGCCAGACGGUGCCCGUGGCAGUCCUGCUGUGGAGGGAAUCCUGAUGACCUGCCGGAAUGUUCCACUGCCUGGCGAUGCUGCAGCUGGCUACCCCAGACCCCACUCCCGGUCCUCCUCUGUCUACCGGAAAUCUGCCUCUAGCUACCACAGGUCUGUCUCUGUCCAUCCUAAACCCGCCUCUGUCCACUUCAAGGGUGACACUGUGCACUUCAAGUCAGCUUCCAAGCCUGCCACUAGUCAUGUUACUGUUCGCAGCUACUCCAGGGCUGCCUUUGGCCCAGCCACUAACUACCCUAGAUCCACCACUGGUCACAUCAAGCUUAUUACUGGGCCCCCUGAACUCCCUGGCCCCCGCUACCCCAAGAGGGCCACUAUUGGACACCUUCAUUCUGACCUUGCCAUCAUCAAAUUCCCUGAGUCUGUCUCCAGCCCUACCAGGGUGUCCUUUGAGCCCCCUGUCUGCCAGCCGGAGCCCCGUGUCCACCAGGCAGAGCCCCCUGUCGGCCAGCCGGAGCCCCCUGUCUGCCGGCAGGAGCCUGCCGCUGCUGCUGCUGCUGCUGCUGCCGACCUCUCUGACCCUACUGUAGCCACCACUGCCACCAAAGAUUGCAACGACAUGGUGGUUGUGGAUGUUGAAGAUGAAUCUGAUGAGAUGGCCAUGUGA